GCGCCGGAGAGGGGUCCGAUGGUUCUCGAAGGCCCGCGGCGCCCCGUGCUGCAGGUUACCUAGGGUAUGAAUUAAUACAGACUUGGAAACUGAAAGAACUUAGAAUCAGCAUUUUGAGAGUGGAAGCAUGGGCAUGCUGUGAUUUUCCAAUAAACUGCUGUCACAAUGUCAAAAUGCAGUUCAGACAACAGCAACACAGAGAUCAGACAUUAAAACGUAAGCUGUGCUAGAACAAAAAUGCAAUGAAAGAAACACUGGAUGAAUGAAAAGCCCUGCUUUGCAACCCUCAGCAUGGCAGGCCUGCAGCUCAUGACCCCUGCUUCCUCACCAAUGGGUCCUUUCUUUGGACUGCCAUGGCAACAAGAAGCAAUUCAUGAUAACAUUUAUACGCCAAGAAAAUAUCAGGUGGAGCUGCUCGAGGCAGCUCUGGACCGUAACACCAUAGUCUGUCUGAACACUGGCUCAGGGAAGACGUUCAUCGCAGUGCUGCUCACGAAAGAGCUGUCCUACCAGAUCAGGGCCGACUUCAGCAGACAUGGGAAGAGGACGGUGUUCUUGGUCAACUCUGCAAACCAGGUUGCUCAGCAAGUGUCAGCUGUCAGGACUCAUUCAGACCUCAGAGUUGGGGAGUACGCACACCUAGAAGUACAUGCCUCUUGGACUAAAGAGAAAUGGAACCAAGAGUUUACUAAGCACCAGGUUCUCAUUAUGACUUGCUAUGUCGCCUUGAUUGUUUUGAAAAAUGGUUACUUGUCACUGUCAGACAUUAACCUUUUGGUGUUUGAUGAAUGUCACCUUGCAAUCCUAGACCACCCAUAUCGAGAAAUUAUGAAGCUCUGUGAAAGUUGUCCAUCAUGCCCUCGUAUUUUGGGACUAACUGCUUCCAUUUUAAAUGGGAAAUGUGAUCCAGAGGAAUUAGAAGAAAAGAUUCAGAAGCUGGAGAAAAUUCUUAAGAGUAACGCGGAAACUGCAACUGACUUGGUGGUCUUAGACAGAUACACGUCUCAGCCAUAUGAGAUUGUGGUGGACUGUGGACCAUUUAUGGACAGAAGUGGGCUUUAUGAGAGACUGCUGAUGGAAUUAGAGGAAGCACUUAAUUUUGUCAAUGACUGUAAUAUAUCUGCACAUUCAAAAGAAAGAGAUUCUACUUUAAUUUCUAAACAGAUCCUGGCAGACUGCCGUGCGGUGUUGGUGGUUCUGGGCCCGUGGUGUGCGGACAAAGUCGCCGGCAUGAUGGUCAGAGAACUGCAGAAACACAUCAAACACGAGCAAGAGGAGCUGCACAGGAAAUUCCUGUUGUUCACGGACACUUUCCUGCGGAAAGUCCACGCCCUGUGUGAGGAGCACUUCUCGCCUGCCUCCCUGGACCUGAAGUUCGUGACUCCCAAGGUGAUAAAGCUGCUGGAAAUCCUGCGCAAAUACAAACCGUACGAGCGACAGCAGUUUGAGAGCGUGGAGUGGUACAACAACCGGAACCAGGACAACUAUGUGUCUUGGAGUGACUCUGAGGAGGAGGACGAGGACGAGGAAAUUGAAGAAAAGGAGAAGCCGGAGACGAACUUCCCUUCUCCGUUCACCAACAUCUUGUGCGGGAUUAUUUUUGUGGAGCGGAGAUACACAGCCGUUGUCUUAAACAGAUUGAUAAAGGAAGCUGGCAAACAGGACCCGGAGCUGGCUUACAUCAGCAGCAACUUCAUAACUGGACACGGCAUCGGGAAGAACCAGCCUCGCAGCAAACAGAUGGAGGCAGAAUUCAGGAAGCAGGAGGAGGUACUUAGGAAAUUUCGAGCACAUGAGACCAACCUGCUUAUUGCAACAAGUAUUGUGGAAGAGGGUGUUGAUAUACCAAAAUGCAACUUGGUGGUCCGUUUUGAUUUACCCACAGAGUAUCGAUCCUAUGUUCAAUCUAAGGGAAGAGCAAGGGCCCCAAUCUCCAAUUAUAUCAUGUUAGCAGAUACGGACAAAAUCAAAGGUUUUGAAGAGGACCUUAAAACAUACAAAGCUAUUGAAAAGAUCUUGAGAAACAAAUGCUCCAAGUCAGUUGACACCGGGGAGACUGACCUCGAGCCUGUGGUGGACGACGACGACGUGUUCCCGCCGUACGUGCUGAGGGCCGAUGACGGGGGUCCGCGCGUCACGAUCAACACGGCCAUCGGACACAUCAAUAGAUACUGCGCUAGAUUACCAAGUGACCCGUUCACUCACCUGGCUCCUAAAUGCAGAACCCGAGAGCUGCCCGAUGGGACCUUCUAUUCAACUCUCUACCUGCCAAUUAACUCACCUCUUCGAGCCUCCAUUGUCGGUCCCCCCAUGAGCUGUAUACGAUUGGCUGAAAGGGUUGUGGCUCUUAUUUGCUGUGAAAAACUGCACAAAAUCGGUGAACUGGAUGACCAUUUGAUGCCAGUUGGGAAAGAAACUGUUAAAUAUGAAGAAGAGCUUGAUUUGCACGAUGAAGAAGAGACCAGUGUCCCAGGCCGACCAGGUUCCACAAAACGAAGACAGUGCUACCCCAAAGCAAUUCCAGAAUGUCUGAGGGAUAGCUACCCCAAACCCGAUCAGCCCUGUUACCUGUAUGUGAUAGGAAUGGUUCUCACGACCCCGUUACCUGACGAACUCAACUUCAGAAGGCGGAAGCUCUAUCCCCCUGAGGACACCACAAGAUGCUUUGGCAUACUGACAGCCAAACCCAUACCUCAGAUCCCGCACUUUCCGGUGUACACCCGCUCUGGAGAGGUCACCAUAUCCAUCGAGCUGAAGAAGUCUGGCUUCACGCUGUCUCUCCAAAUGCUCGAGUUGAUUACAAGGCUCCACCAGUAUAUAUUCUCCCAUAUUCUUCGCCUUGAAAAGCCUGCGCUAGAAUUCAAACCCACAGACGCUGACUCAGCAUACUGUGUUCUACCUCUGAACGUUGUUAAUGACUCCAGCACUCUGGACAUUGACUUUAAAUUCAUGGAAGAUAUUGAGAAAUCAGAAGCUCGCACAGGCAUUCCCAGUACAAAGUAUUCGAAAGAAACACCCUUCGUUUUUCAAUUGGAAGAUUACCAGGAUGCCGUUAUCAUUCCAAGGUAUCGAAAUUUUGAUCAACCUCACCGGUUUUAUGUUGCUGAUGUGUACACUGACCUUACCCCGCUGAGUAAAUUUCCUUCCCCCGAGUAUGAAACGUUUGCGGAAUAUUACAAAACCAAGUACAACCUUGACCUGACCAAUCUGAACCAGCCGCUGCUGGAUGUGGACCACACGUCCUCGAGACUUAAUCUUUUGACACCUCGCCAUUUGAACCAGAAAGGGAAAGCCCUUCCCCUCAGCAGUGCUGAAAAGAGGAAAGCCAAGUGGGAGAGUCUGCAGAAUAAACAGAUCCUGGUUCCCGAGCUCUGUGCUAUCCACCCGAUCCCAGCCUCCCUGUGGAGGAAGGCAGUCUGCCUCCCCAGCGUGCUGUACCGCCUUCACUGCCUUCUGACCGCGGAGGAGCUCCGGGCCCAGACGGCCAGCGAUGCCGGCGUGGGAGUCCGAUCCCUUCCUGUGGAUUUUAGAUACCCUAACUUAGACUUUGGGUGGAAAAAAUCUAUCGACAGCAAAUCUUUCAUCUCAAUUGCUAACUCCUCUUCAGCUGAACAUGAUAAUUACUGUAAGCACAGCACAAUUGUCCCUGAACAUGCUGCACAUCAAGGUGCUAAUAGAACCUCCUCUCUAGAAAGUCAUGACCAAAUGCCUGUGACCUGCAGAGCGUUGUUCAGUGAGUCAUCUGGUAAGCUCCCCAUUGACGUUCCCACAGAUCUCACAGCAAUUAAUGGUCUUUCUUACAAUAGAAAUCUUGCCAAUGGCAGUUAUGAUUUAGCUAACAGAGACUUUUGCCAAGGAAAUCAGCUGAAUUACUACAAGCAGGAAAUACCUGUACAACCAACUACCUCAUGUCCCAUUCAGAAUUUAUACCAUUAUGAGAACCAGCCCACGCCCAGCGAUGAAUGUACUCCACUGAGUAAUAAACACCGUGAUGGAAAUGCUAACACAUCUACCUCAGAUGGCAGUCCCGGGAGGGCCGCGCUGCCUGGCACCACAGAAGCUGCUGCCGUGCUCAAGGACAGGCCGGGCUCUGCGCGGAGCCCCUCUCCUGGGUACUCGUCCAGGACUCUGGGCCCAAACCCUGGACUCAUCCUUCAGGCGUUGACCCUUUCGAAUGCUAGUGAUGGAUUUAACCUGGAGCGGCUCGAAAUGCUUGGGGACUCCUUUCUCAAGCACGCCAUCACCACGUAUCUGUUUUGCACUUACCCUGAUGCGCACGAGGGCCGCCUUUCAUACAUGAGAAGCAAAAAGGUCAGCAACUGCAACCUGUACCGGCUCGGGAAGAAGAAGGGGCUGCCCAGCCGCAUGGUGGUGUCCAUAUUCGACCCCCCUGUGAACUGGCUUCCUCCUGGUUAUGUGGUGAAUCAGGACAAAAGUAACGCAGACAAAUGGGAAAAGGAUGAAAUGACAAAGGACUGCAUGCUGGCUAAUGGCAAACUGGACGACGACUCUGAGGAGGACGAGGAGGAGGAGGGCCUGCUGUGGAGGGCCCCCAAGGAGGACGCCGACUACGAGGACGACCUCCUGGAGUACGACCAGGAGCACAUCCAGUUCAUAGACAGCAUGCUGAUGGGGUCGGGAGCUUUUGUCAGGAAAAUCCCUCUCUCCCCCUUCUCAGCCGCCGGCUCCGCGUAUGAGUGGAAAAUGCCCAAGAAAGCCUCCUUGGGCAGCAUGCCGUGUGCAGCAGAUUUUGAGGACUUUGACUAUAGCUCUUGGGAUGCAAUGUGCUAUCUGGAUCCUAGCAAAGCCGUGGAGGAGGAUGACUUUGUGGUGGGGUUCUGGAACCCGUCAGAGGAAAACUGUGGUGUUGACACAGGGAAACAGUCCAUCUCUUACGACUUGCACACGGAGCAGUGCAUCGCGGACAAAAGCAUCGCUGACUGCGUGGAGGCCCUGCUGGGCUGCUACCUAACCAGCUGCGGCGAGCGGGCGGCCCAGCUCUUCCUCUGCUCGCUGGGGCUGAAGGUGCUCCCGGUGAUUAAAAGGACUGAGCGCGAGAAGGCCCCGGGCCCCGCCCGGGAGAACGGCAGCAGCCAACAAAGGAGCCUUUCAGGGAGCCGGGCCUGCGGCGGCGCCCACCCCUCCGGGGGGCCGGACCUGGAGUACGGCUGCCUGAGGAUCCCGCCCCGCUGCAUGUUUGACCAUCCAGACGCAGAGAAGACCCUGGCUCACCUGAUAGCGGGUUUUGAGAAUUUUGAAGAGAAGAUCAACUACAGAUUCAAGAACAAGGCUUACCUUCUGCAGGCUUUCACACACGCCUCCUACCACUACAACACGAUUACCGAUUGCUACCAGCGCCUGGAGUUCCUGGGAGAUGCGAUUUUGGACUACCUCAUAACCAAGCACCUUUACGAGGACCCGCGGCAGCACUCCCCGGGCGUCCUGACCGACCUGCGCUCCGCCCUGGUCAACAACACCAUCUUCGCGUCCUUGGCCGUGAAGUACGACUACCACAAGUACUUCAAAGCCGUGUCCCCCGAGCUCUUCCAGGUCAUCGACGUCUUCGUGCAGUUCCAGCUCGAGAAGAACGAAAUGCAGGGGAUGGACUCCGAGCUCAGGCGGUCCGAGGAGGAUGAAGAGAAGGAGGAGGACAUUGAGGUUCCCAAGGCCAUGGGGGACAUUUUUGAGUCACUUGCUGGUGCCAUUUACAUGGACAGUGGAAUGUCGCUGGAGAUGGUUUGGCAGGUGUACUACCCUAUGAUGCGGCCGCUGAUAGAAAAAUUUUCUGCAAAUGUGCCCCGUUCCCCCGUGCGAGAAUUGCUUGAAAUGGAACCAGAAACCGCCAAAUUUAGCCCGGCGGAGAGGACCUACGAUGGCAAGGUCAGAGUGACCGUGGAGGUGGUGGGGAAGGGGAAGUUCAAAGGCGUGGGCCGCAGCUACAGGAUCGCCAAGUCCGCAGCGGCAAGAAGAGCCCUCCGCAGCCUCAAAGCCAACCAACCUCAGGUUCCCAGCAGCUGAAGCCCCUUUUUAAAGUUAAAAAACAAAAAAGCAGAAUAAGGUAGAAAAUAUUUAGAUUGAAAAGGAUGAUUUAAGGUUGAUACUGAGCGGAAUGAAUCGAAGGCAGAAUUUAAAGUUUGUUUGAUAACAGGAUAGAUUACAGAAUAAAACAUUUAACAUAUGUAUAAAAAUUUUGGAACUAAUUGUAGUUUUAGUUUUUUGCGCAAACACAAUCUUGUCUUCUUUCCUCACUUCUGCUUUGUUGAAACCACAAGAGUGCUUUAACGAUGACAUUUAGCAAGCGUUGAGAACAAUUACUGAUGGUUUGUUUUGUUUUUAGUGUAAUUUCCUCACCUUUGCUUAGUGUUAGGAGGCCAGGGAGCUGAAAACUCACGCCGUCCCUGGAGCGAUGCUAGAGUCCCCGUGCACCUCGGUCUGCGGAACUGCCGCCCGCCCGGGAGCCCGAGAGGACGCUGCGAGGCAGGGAAGUGUGGCCGUGCCGCCGCGGCGCCCACGUUCUGCGUGAGGAUGGUGUUCCCAGCGCUAUUGCACUUAAGAGGGAGGGACAGGUGUUAAUGGCAUUGGCUGGCAAGCUGGUGGCUCCAAUGUCAGUUUUCUCGUGCCACGUGUGACGAAGGUUCUUGCC